AAGCGACUUCUGUUAUAUUUAGUCUAAAAGUUGUUGUUUUGUUUAGAUUUUCGACCUUUAUUUUGCUAAAAGUUGACCGGAAGUUGUGUGGUUGUCGUAACCAUAUAUAUCUAUGGUUGUAACCUCCCCCCGGAGCUGUUCCUCCGUCCUCUCCUCCCUCCUCCUCCUCCUGCUCCUCAGUCCACCGCUGUGCUUCGCCGAGUCGCUGCUCCUUCUGCCCGCUGCCCGAGCCUCCUGCCCGGCUUCAUUCACUGGAGAGCACCGCUGAUUACUGACCGUAUUUGUGGAGCAAAGUCCCGGAGAAGAUGAGCCCCCUGUCCCGGUCCUGGUGCCGGUCCCGGAGCUGGUUCUGGGUGUGCUGGUCUCUGCUGAGCCUGGCCGCUGGGAGCCGGGCUCUGGACCUGGAGGAGCUGUUCCAGUUCGGAGAAGAAGCCGGAGACCAGCUGCUGCCCCCCGGAUCCGACUCCACGGCGGAGCUGCCCCUCAACGGAUCCCUGUUCCUGUUCAGCGAAACCUUCAGCAAAGUUUACAUCAACACGAAUGGCUUCGUGUCGGCGGUGGCGCCCCCAGCAGAGGGCGAGUACCUGGGGAAGAUGCCCGCCGACUUCAGGAUGAUCGCAGCUCUGCUGGGAGACCUGGACGAAGGGGACGGACAGGGGAAGGUCCACUUCAGGUGGGACAGCAGCCCCGAGGUGCUGAGUAAGGCCACCGAGCACGUGAGGCGAGCGUUCCCCAGAGACGACGGCGUGGAGGCCACUGGCGCCCUCGUCGUCACCUGGGAGAACAUGGCCGCCAGCGGGACGUCCGGACGAGGAGACGGGCUGGACACGAAGAGAAACACUUUCCAGCUGGUCGUGGCCUUCAUGGCGUCGUCCACCGUCGCCAUCCUCCUGUACCCCCACGACGGCCUGCAGUUCCUCUCCACGUCAGUAGGGGGCGAGAGCAAGCUCCUGGAGGCGGGCUUCAACGAAGGCCUCGUGAAAGGCUAUUUCUGGGGGACAUCAGAGGGGACGUACUUUCGCGCCACCACCGAUGAAGAGACCUCCAUCAGGAGACUGACUGAAAAGUCAAACUCAGGACAGAACGGAGUUUGGGUGUACGAAAUCGGCUCCUCGCCAUUCUUUGUCGCCAUUACACCCGGGAUGAUCUCAAGCCUGCCGGAGGAGGGCACUGAACCGCCCGUCACCUUGUUGUCAAGGCAACAGAGACCCCCAACUGAGACCCCCACUGAGUACCCAACCAGUUACCCAUGGGCUGAGACCACCACACCUCAGUAUGGUGAACCAGAGACUGAAGACCCCGAUUACCCAGAAUACACCGACUCUGAGACAGUUACGACAACAUACACCGAGCCGGAGAGGGCUCAACCGAGAUACCCGGACCAAACCGAGACAGGAUACCCGGACCGAACCGAGACAAGAUACCCGGACCGAACCGAGACAGGAUACCCAGACCGCACCGAGACAAGAUAUCCGGACCGAACCGAGACAAGACAGCCAGGCUACACAAUCUCUGAACCUGAUCCCAGAUACCCUCCGGUCGAGCCGAGGUACCCUGACCCUGAUCCAGUCCAACCUCGGUACACCAACCCUGAACCAGUCCAACCGGUGCCUCCCUACUCCCGGCCCCAGCAGCCCCAGAUCGUUGUUGUAGACGAAGCCCUUGAUGUGAAUGUAUUUGCGUACAAUUCGGAGACGUGCGCCCAUAACCGACACAAAUGCUCGGCAUUCGCUGACUGCCGCGAUUACAGCAACGGAUACUGCUGCCACUGCAGGCCUGGUUUCUAUGGGAACGGGAAGGACUGUGUCGCAGAAGGAAAACCUCAGAGAAUGAAUGGAAAGGUGAAUGGUCGAGUGUUCGUUGGGAGCUCGCCUUCCCCCGUCGAGCUCAACAACAACGACUUGCACUCGUAUGUGGUCGCCAACGACGGACGAGCCUACGUGGCCAUCAGCAACAUCCCUGACAGCCUGGGCCCCUCUCUCCAGCCUCUGUCCUCCCUGGGCGGAGUCAUCGGCUGGGCCUUCGCCCUGGAGCAGCCCGGCUACCAGAACGGCUUCAGCCUCAUCGGCGGCGUGUUUUCCCGGCAGGCAGAGGUGAUCUUCCAUCCCGGUAACGAGCGUCUGAGCAUCAGGCAACAGUUUAAAGGAAUCGACGAACAUGACCACCUGGUGGUGAGCACCGAGCUGGAUGGACGUCUGCCCGCCGUCCCGCUGGGAUCCUCCAUCCAAAUCAACCCGUACAAGGAGAUCUACCACUAUGACAGAAACUUGAUCACUUCCUCCUCCAACCGCGACUACACCAUCACCUCCUCUGACGGUGACGUGCAGACCAGGAGCUACCAGUGGCGUCAGACCGUCACCUUCCAGAGCUGCCAGCACGACGAGGCUGUGGGGGCGGCGCUAUCCACCCAGCAGCUCAGCGUGGACCAGAUCUUUGUGAUGUUUGACGCCAACAACAAUCUGACCCGCUACGCCAUGAGCAACAAGAUCGGCUCCGUCCACAGUGGUCAUCCAGAGCAGAACCCUUGUUUCACCGGCAGACACGGCUGUGACAUCAACGCCGUGUGUCGCCCGGGCGACGGCCUGCAGUUCACCUGCGAGUGUGCCACCGGUUUCACUGGAGACGGACGCUACUGCCAUGACGUGGACGAGUGCAGGGAGACUCCUCCGGUCUGCGGCUCCAACGCCGUCUGCAGUAAUCACCCCGGGACGUUCCGCUGCGAGUGUCUGAGUGGCUUUGUGUUCGCCAGCGACGGGAGGACCUGCAUCGAGGAGAACCGCCCGCUGGAUCACUGUCAGAGAGGAAGCCACGACUGCGACGCUCCUGAACGAGCGAUCUGCAGCUACACCGGAGGCUCGGCCUUCAUCUGCUCCUGCCUGCCAGGCUUCAGCGGGGAUGGCCGGGUGUGUCAGGACGUGGACGAGUGUCAGCAGGAGCGAUGCCACCGCGACGCCGUCUGCUCCAACACGCAAGGCUCCUUCACCUGCCAGUGCCGUCCUGGUUUCCAUGGUGACGGCUUCCAGUGCAGCGCCACACCCGCCGAGAAGACACUGUGUGAGCGCCACAGAGAGAGCGUCCAGACCUCCGCCCCCGGCUCUGGCUCCGGUAUCUUCUCGUUCUUCCGCCCGCGGCCGGCCAUCGGUCAGUACGUCCCUCAGUGCGACCAGCACGGCGCCUACCAGCCCACGCAGUGCCACAGCAGCAUCGGACAGUGCUGGUGUGUCGACGCCAACGGACAGGAGCUCCCAAACACCAGGACAGGACCAGGGAGCACCCCGCUGUGUAUCAACCAGGCGGUGACUCCGCCUCCGGUGGGUCCGACGCCGCGGCCCGACGUUCACCCCGUCGCCCCAGGAACACACCUGCUUUUCGCUCAGAGUGGAAAGAUUGAACACGUGCCUCUGGACGGGUACAGCAUGAAGAAGGAGGAGGCCAAACCUCUGCUGCACAUCCCUGACCGCGUGGUGAUCGCCGUGGCCUAUGACUGCGUGGACAAGAUGGUCUACUGGACCGACAUCACCGGGCCGGAGAUCAGCCGGGCCGCGCUGAGUGGAGGAGACGUCGUCCCGGUCAUCACCACAGAGCUCCAGAGUCCUGAAGGCAUCGCCAUCGACCACGUGGCCCGCCUCCUCUUCUGGACCGACUCCAUGCAGGACACGGUGGAGGUUUCCAAACUGGAUGGCAGCCAGCGGCGAGUCCUGUUCGACACGGACCUGAUUAACCCCAGACCCAUCGUCACCAACCCGGCAUACGGGCGGCUCUACUGGGCCGACUGGAACCGAGACGGUCCUAAAAUUGAGAUGUCCAACAUGGACGGGACGGACCGUACCGUCCUGGUGAAAGACGACCUCGGGCUUCCCAACGGCCUGACCUUCGACCUGGAGGACCAGCAGCUGUGCUGGGCUGACGCAGGAACUCAUAAGGUGGAGUGUAUGGAUCCUCACCGCCGGCUGAGGAGGCAGAUCGUCGAAGGGAUCCAGUAUCCGUUCGCUCUUGUGUCCUUUGGAAGAAACCUUUACUACACCGACUGGAGGAGGGAAGCGGUGGUCGCUGUGGACCGUCACUCACUGGCAGAGACAGAAGAGUUUCUGCCACAGAAGCGCUCUCGGCUGUACGGCAUCACCACGACACCGACACAGUGUCCACAAGUGUAUAACUACUGCUCCAACAACGGCGGCUGCUCUCACCUGUGCCUGCCGCGGCUUGGCGGCUUCACCUGCCGCUGCCCGGACGCCGCUGAUGGUCGAUGUGUGGAGAGGAACCUGUGAGGCCUGCAGAGCAACGACCACGCUGCUGCUGGGAGCUUUAAAACCAAACACACUUAACUCAGUUAUGAUGUUUUUUUCUACAUGUCUUACUUGAACUGAACAUUUCUACGAACAUUAUAGAGUUUAAUGUGUUUUUUCGGCUCUUGAAAGCUGUUCAGACCUCACUGUAUUUAUGAUGUCACACUUCAGGUGAGAUAAUUAACUGUUACGAUAGACUUUCUGAUCUGUUUGUUUGUGAUCUGACUCCUGGUUGAAGAGUUUCUCCCCAAAAGAGAACAAAGUGACACUAAGUCUAAAAUACAGGGAUGUUUUAAAGAGAGCAGGUAAACUAAAAACACUUUGACUGACCAGAUUUUAAGUAUUUGAAACUGUACUUUGAACAUGUUUUUAUUGUAUUUUAAAAAAAUCAUAUAGAUGUGGUCUGAAAGAUUACUGCGAAAAACAAUCACAUACAAUUCUAUACAUUUUCUGUAAUGAUGAAAUAUUUCAGGCGGCUUGAGAAUCUUUAACAUAAAAAAAGGCUUUAAAAAGUUAUUCCUGGACGUCCAUCGUGAGCUUCUGUGAUUUGUUGAAAAAGACAAACUUAAUCACAUCUGAAUCAGACGGAAUUCUAAAUUCGAUUUUUGUUUUUCAUUGGUAAAAUAAAAUUCUACCAAUCUGUAAUUAGUCUAUAUAUUAGCAAUGAUGAAAAUAUGAUAACAUUAGAAUUUUAUUUACCCCAAAAUUGACAUGGUUGUUUUGUAUUUUGGACCACAAACAUCACCACUGUAAUCCUGAGCAGUAAGCGUUUAAUUAGGGCUACAACACUUUGUAAGACUUACAAGACUUCUUGUAUUGUUUGUGCUAUGACUCACAGUGUAUUUUUGAUAUGAACUUGUAAAUAAUGACCUGAUAUGCAGACGAUGUUCUCUCUUAUGUGUUUAAUGGUGCUGAUGUUGCCUGAGAUCUACCUGAUGAUGAUUACUGUGUAGGUGUGUGCAGGUUGUGUCUAAAGACCAAGUUGUAUGUUCUUCUCAUGGAAACAUCUUUUUUUUU